AUGCCUUCUGCAAGGUUACCUUCGAGGCCUCGUUAUGGCGGAGGAGAAGAGUACCCAAUGCAGCAAGUAUCUUUUAAUAACAACAGCCCUCCACCUCCACCAUUUCCAUCUAGUCCUAAUGAUACAGGAUUCUAUGAUGGUAACGACGUACAGAGACCUCUCUUGGUCAAUAAUGGUUCCACUGCGUCCUCAGUUACCUUAAAUAACGGCAAUGGAGGCAACGUUCGAUUUACAAAUGCCAAGUCCAAUAUGAUUGGUGGUGGUCCUGACAAUGUUGGUAUUGCACCAAGAAAACAGACAAGACGAUACAAGACAAUUCGAAGGGUCAAGCUGACAGGCGGUAACUUGGUCUUGGAUAACCCUGUUCCUUCAAAAUAUCUACAAAGGGUUAAAAGAAAGGAUAAAGAGGAAUUCACCCAUAUGCGAUAUACGGCAGCUACUUGCGAUCCAGCUGAUUUCGAGAGAGAGAAUUACAAGCUGAGACAAAACCUAUUGGGAAGAGAAACGGAGUUAUUUAUAGUUUUGACAAUGUACAAUGAAGAUGAAGUAUUGUUUUGCCGAACAAUGAAUGGUGUCAUGAAGAACGUUUCUCAUCUCUGCAGUCGUAACCGAUCGAGUACAUGGGGACCCGAAGGCUGGAAAAAGGUCGUCGUCUGUAUUGUGUCUGAUGGCCGUACCAAAAUCCAUCCACGAACAUUAUCGGUUUUAGCUGCCAUGGGUGUUUAUCAAGAAGGCAUGGCCAAGAAUAUCGUAGAAGGUAAACCAGUAACAGCUCAUAUUUACGAGCAUACAACUCAGCUCUCAAUUGAUGCCGAUAUGAACUUUAGAGGGGAUGAAAAAGGAGUUGUGCCUGUGCAAAUCUUGUUCUGUCUCAAGGAAAAAAACCAGAAGAAGAUCAACUCUCACCGUUGGUUCUUCCAAGCCUUUGGUCCCCUUCUUAAACCCAAUGUCUGUGUCUUGAUCGAUGUUGGUACAAAGCCUGGUGGUCGCUCUAUUUACCAUCUUUGGAAAUGCUUUGACAUUAACAGCAACGUGGCCGGUGCAUGUGGUGAAAUUAAAGCAAUGUUGGGUCCAGGCGGUAUGCAUUUGCUGAACCCCUUGGUAGCUUCUCAAAAUUUUGAGUACAAGAUGUCCAAUAUUUUGGAUAAGCCUUUGGAGUCUGUCUUUGGUCAUAUCUCUGUCUUGCCGGGUGCCUUUUCCGCCUAUCGUUAUGAGGCACUUCAAAACGAUGUCAACGGACACGGUCCUCUCGAAAAAUACUUCUUGGGUGAAAAGAUGCAUGGUUCAGAUGCCGAUAUCUUUACUGCCAAUAUGUAUUUGGCCGAAGAUCGUAUCUUGUGUUAUGAACUUGUAGCCAAGAAAGGUGCCGCCUGGGUUUUGCAUUACUGUUCAAAUGCUUAUGGUGAAACUGAUGUACCUGAUACAGUUGCUGAAUUCAUCUCACAGCGUCGUCGAUGGCUUAACGGUUCAUUCUUUGCUGGUAUCUAUUCUAUGGUUCACUGGAGCAAGGUCUGGAGUUCGAACCACAAUAUCUUGCGUUGCAUCAUGUUUAUGUUUGAAGAUCUUUAUCAACUCUAUAACCUCAUCUUUUCUUGGUUCGCCAUUGGCAACUUUUACCUCGUCUUUUACAUCAUGACCACAUCCAUUAACUCAGUACCUAACCCACCCUUCUCUAAAAAUGCUGGUAGUGUCAUUCACACUAUUCUCAACUAUCUCUACGUCUUGCUUCUCAUCAUUCAAAUCAUUAUUGCCAUGGGUAACCGUCCUCAAGGCUACAAGUGGGCUUACUUUAUGAUCAUUGUCUUUUUUGCUAUUCUCAUGGGUUACGUACUCUUCUGUACAGCUUGGAUUACCAUUGAAGGAGUCAAGACAGCUGUUGAGACGGCACAACACAACCAGGAUGCACAGUUUAUUGCACUUAUCAAGCAAAACUCAUUCCGAGAUGUCAUCGUCUCUGUAUGCUCGACCUACAUCAUGUACUUUGUAUCCAGUUUGCUUUUCCUUGACCCUUGGCACAUCUUUACCAGUCUUAUACCUUACAUUUUCAUGUCGCCCAGUUACAUCAAUGUCCUCAACAUCUACGCCUUCUGUAACACACACGAUGUCUCUUGGGGCACCAAAGGUGAUAACGGUGUCUCCACCGACUUGGGUGUUGUCAAGUCUACAAAGGGUAAGGAUGGUGUGCACGAAGUCGAAGUGGAUCUGCCUACAGAACAGAAGGAUUUGAACGAGCAGUACGAGGAAGCAUGCAUGGACCUCAAGGUUGCUCCUAUCCCCGAAGUCACGAAACGAGAUGCAAAGACAAAACAAGAAGAUUACUACAAAUCAUUCAGAACAACUCUAGUCACUUGCUGGAUCAUCUCCAACUUGAUCUUGGUGACCAUCAUCAUCAAUGGUCAAGAUGUCUGGCAGUGGUUUGGUGACUACGAAAAGCGUGCCACAGUCUAUCUUAGCUUCAUCCUGUGGUCUGUUGCUGGUUUAUCAGCUAUUCGAUUCGUCGGUUCUAUACUCUAUCUGUUCAUGAAGAUUUUCACAGGUUAA